UCAUUAUCGCAGUCUGUAGGUUCGGAGGAAAAUGGGGAGAGCGUGGAGGGGAUUAGAACUACUUAAUAAGUAGUUAAUGUAUUUUUUUAAAGAAUGUAUUUCUAAUGUUCGUUUAGAGUGACAGUUUGUUACAAUUUAAGAUGUUGCUCACCUCAUCCUGGAUUAUUGACACAGUCAUAAUUUUAACAAGUUUAACUUAUCUCAUCUAUAAAUAUGUUACAAGAAAGUUCGACUACUGGAAAAAGAAGGGCGUGUAUUAUUUCGAACCAACUCCAUUCGUUGGGAACUUCUACGAAGUCGUUACUAUGAAGAAAACAUUAGCAGAAACUCUCAAAACCCUUUACGAUAAAACUGACGAACCAUACUUCGGAGCUUUUACUUUCGAUGAGCCUGUUUUAGUGGUAAAAUCACCUCAGUUAAUAAAAAAUAUUUUGAUGAAAGACUACACUUACUUCAAAGACCGUACGAUGGCUGAAGGAAAACAUAAUAAGAUGACUUCAAACUGGUUAGCGUUCCAAAGGUACACAGCAUGGAAAAAAACUCGUUCUAAACUUUCUCUGAUGUUUACUUCCGGUAGACUCAAAAACAUGUUACACUCCAUUAACGAUUCUUCAACAUUAUUCACAGAUUACUUAAACGGUCACUUGGGAGUUUUAGAAGCUAAGGAGCUUUGUAUAAAAUUUACAACCGAAAGCACUGCCAAAUGCUUUUUUGGAAUCAAUGGAAAAUGCUUCGAAGACGGUCACAGCGAAUUUAACGAAAUCAGUAAAAGGCUUUUUGAAUUGUCCGUUAGGAAUGGCAUCAUCCACUCGUUUUAUAUUUUCAAGCCUUUCGUAGUGGAUUUGUUCAGGUUAGAUUUUAUGAAGCAAUCGGACGUAGAUUAUCUUUUGGGAGCAUUCAAAACUAGCUUUAACAGUAGGAAGGCUCAAAAAAAGGCUCAAAAAGGAAAAAUCGUGGAUUAUAUUGAUAUUAUGUUGGAAAAUGAAGAUACUAAUGGUACUUCAGAGUCUGAAUAUGAAUCAGAUUAUUUUAUGGCCAUGGCGAAUACUGUUCAUUUUUAUAUGGCAGGAGUGGAAACAAGUGGUUCUUCAUUAGCGUUUACACUUUACGAAUGGGCAAUGAACCAGGAUAUACAAGAAAAAGUUCGGCAAGAAGUGUUUGAUAUUGUUAAAAAAUACGGUAAAAUAACGUAUGAAAGUUUACAAGAAAUGGAAUAUAUGGACUUAUGUUUAGCAGAAACUGGAAGAAAGUAUCCACUUUUCCAACUUCUUGACAGAUUAACGGAUAUGGACUACAAGGUUCCUGACACAGAUCUAACAAUAAAAAAAGGAACCAAGAUUUAUAUUCCGUUUUAUGCCCUCCAUAUGGACGAAAAAUAUUUUCCAGAACCUGAUAAGUAUAUUCCGGAAAGGUUCUUAGAUAAAACUAUUAAUAGCGAUGGUGUUUACUACAUGCCCUUUGGGGCAGGACCACGAAUUUGUAUUGGGGAACGUUUUUCCCAAAUGAGUAUGAAAAUAUUUCUAACUACGUUGCUGAGAUCAUUCAAAAUUGAACCCUGUGAUAAGACUCCUAGUAAAAUAGCAUUUGACCCAAGCAGUUUUACUAUGACAUCAAAAGAUGGAAUUAAUCUUAAAUUUAAGCGACUUAAUGAAAAUUAAAACUUAGCAUCUUUUAAAAGGAUAAAAUAGGAAUAAUUUUUAUGAUUUUAAGAUUAAUGUUGAAAU